AUGCCGGCGCGCUGGGCGUCGUCGCAGCGGCCGCUGCUGGUGCGUACGGUGUGGGUGGACGGCGCGCGCCACGCCAUCCUCUCCGCGGACGACCCCGCCGCCCACGGGCCGCCCGCCGUGCGCUGCUGCCGCUCCGCCCCCGGGGGCGGCGGCACCUCCUCGCCUGCGGUGGCGACCAGGACGGUGGCGGCGGUGGCAGCAGGGGGGCGGCGCCUGCUGCGCGUCAGCUUCCUGCUAGGGCCCGAGCCGCCACAGGGACCCGCGCCGCCCCCGCUGCACCCCCACGGUGCCCGGGGCCACCCGCGCCGGCGCUGGCCCCCGGCGUCGCGCCGUCCCCGCUGCUGCGGCCGACCCUUCGUGCCUCUAGGGCCGCCCCCGUCUCCCAGCAGCAGCGACUGCGGGGGCGAGCAGCUGGCCGGCCCUCUGUCGGAGCGCGUGCUGCGCUGGCUGCACCUGGCGGGCCGAGACGCCCCCGCGCCGCCCUCGCCGCCCCUGCCGCCCCAGCAGCCGCCGCCGCUGCCUCCACCUCUGCCCGCGUCGCCCCGGCCGCUGAGGACACCGCGUCGCGUGGUGCGCACAGUCAGCCUGGAGGCGUCCCCGCCGUCGCCGCCGCCGCCGCCUUCGCCUCCGUCUUCGCCGCUGCCUUCGCCCCCUCCGUCCCCGGAACCGGAGCAGAAGGCGGGCCAGUGUCGCCCCCAGCUACACGUGUUCGUGCCCACGCUGCCGAGGGACUGCGACACCCUCAGCUGCCACAGUGAUUCCUGA